UGUAGUGGCGUUUAAAGAGUGCAGUAAGACAUCAGCUCAGUAUUGGCCACUUGUGCGUCAACCGGCUGAUUGCACAACUGCAGCCAUACGAAGGCCACCACACGCACGCCUUAUGCGCGUGCUCGAGCUUGUGUUAGAUAGGCCUACUGUAAAAGUAAGGUUGUAGAGGAUCGGGAGGUCUGCUGAGCUGUCGGGUUGUUAUCCGUCUUUUCAAGUCACUUUUACUAAUAACGAUGUCGCCUGCUGGUGCACAGAAGAGCAGUGCUCUGACAUUGGUGCUAAUGGUUACUUCUGCAUCCAUUGGAGGAACUCUGCAAUAUGGCUACAGCCUCGCCGUAAUGAAUUCUCCCACAAUUUUUAUUCAAACGUUUAUCAAUGUGACGUUCUUGGAGCGCUGGGACAUCCAGUUGGAGGACUACCAGGUGACUCUGGUCUGGACAAUUAUCGUCUCCAUCUUCUCAUUAGGGGGCUUUGCAGGGGCUCUUAUCGCGGGACCUAUGACCAUACGUUUUGGAAGGAAGAAAUGCCUGUUGUUGAACAACAUUUUCCUCAUGGCUGGAGCGCUCUUAGCUCUGACAAGUAGAGUUGCCAGGUCUUUUGAGAUGAUCAUUAUCUCCCGUGUCCUGGUUGGAAUAAAUGCCGGGAUCAGCAUGAAUGUGCAACCUAUGUAUUUUGGAGAAAGUGCACCAAAGCACUUAAGAGGGGCUCUCUCCUCGUCAUCAGCUGUUUUCGCAGCAUUUGGUGUUGUGCUGGGACAGGUGGUCGGACUCAGAGAGAUUCUGGGCAGUGAGCCGUGUUGGGAGUAUCUUCUUGCCAGUAAUGCCAUUCCUGGCCUCAUGCAGCUCCUCACCCUGCCGUGGUUCCCUGAGAGCCCCAGAUACCUGCUCAUUGACAAGGGGGACAAGGAGGCUUGUAUUAACGCUUUGAGACGGCUGCGAGGCUGUGAGGUCCAGAGCAGUGAGCUGGAUGAGAUCCUGCAGGAACAGGCUGAAACCAAAGGCAUAAGGCCCCCUCGACCCUGGGAGCUUUUUACUGAUCGCUCAGUGCGCUGGCAGCUCAUCUCUGUCAUGGUCAUCAGCAGUGCCAUGCAGCUCUGUGGUAAUGACUCGAUUUACUUCUAUGCAUCAUAUGUAUUUAGAGAAGCUGGAAUAUCUGAUGAUAAAAUCCAAUAUGUUACAAUUGGCACUGGUACAUGUGAAUUCACAGCCUCUAUAAUAUGUAAUCUGCUGAUAGAGCACAAAGGUCGGAGGUUCAUGCUGAUGGGAGGCUACAUCUGCAUGACCAUCUGGGCUAUUGUCUUCACAAUUGCUCUGUUGUUUGAGCACUAUGUAUCCUGGAUGCCGUACCUGAGCAUGGUCUGCAUCUUCACCUACAUUCUCAGCUUUGGACUGGGACCAGCCGGGGUGACUGUCGUUCUGCCCACAGAGCUCUUCAAUCAGGCUGCUCGGCCAGCAGCCUACAUGAUUGCUGGCUCCAUGAUGUGGCUCAACCUUUUCAUCACUGGGAUGAUCUUUCCAUUUCUAGUGAGCGGGUUGAGGGAGUACUGUUUUGUGCCUUUCGGAGCGGUCUGCCUGCUGUCGGCGCUGUACGUUGGCCUGUUCCUGCCUGAGACCAAGGGGAAGUCUCUGUCAGCCAUCACAAGUGAUUUCCACAAGCUCAACUUCAAAGGCCAGGACGCAAAGUGUGGGUUGCAAACUACAGCUCAGUAUCAGCUGGGUGAAGUGUGUCUUUCCACGGCCUUGUAGACAGACUUUUUCUCCUGAAACAUGCCUGGUCACAUCUACUGUGGGACCUGAUCUGCUCAAGCUGGGAGACGUCAUGAAUGGGAAAAUGUUCCCUUUCAUAUCACAGACAACAACUUGGACCUAUUAUUACUCAUGAAUCUUGAGUGUGUUUUCUAUUGUAAGAAUUUAAAGGAAUUAUCUUUAAGUUCUUCAUAUGUUGCACUUAAGUUUUGUAACUUUGUGUCACUGAUUAACACAAGACAAAGGUAUUUAAAUCUAUUGUAUAUCGGCAGAAGAUAAGUCAUCUGCUACCUCUCAAAACACAUGAAGGCGUUUUGGGGUAAAACUUAAAACAUUUUAGCUUAGCAAAUAAACAGUAAUUCAUUU